AUGUUGAAGCGUUUUCUGUUGUUAUUUUCUGCUUUAGCCUCUGUGUUAGCUAACAGUCCGCCAAUAUUUUUGCGAAACAUUGAUUUAGCUGUGAUCAAAGAAAAUACACCUGUUGGUACUGAAUUUUUUCACUUGCUCGGAUCCGAUCCUGAAAAUUCAACUAUAAUUUAUCGAUUGGAAGGAACAGACCGAUUUCGUGUGGAUAGCAAUACGGGAAUUAUCACAGUAGCAGCUCCUAUUGAUAGAGAAAUCAAUGACAGCUUGAGAUUUUACGUGUCUCUCGAAGAUGUCGUUGGAAGUGGACAGGACAACAACGUGGUUAGAGUACCGGUUACAGUUAUUGUUCUCGACGAGAACGAUAAUGAGCCAGAAUUUCAUGGCAUGCCGUAUAAAGCUAUCGUACCAGAAGACACCCCUGUGGGAGCAACUAUCAUAGAAAAUAUCAAAGUGACAGAUAAAGAUGAUGUUGGAGGUGUUCUUCAGAUACGUUGUGAUUUUAAUCCUCAGUUUCCAAAUGCCUGUGAAAAAUUCUCCGUUAUGACGCAAUCAUCUAGUCCGCAAUCUUCAACAGCAUCCAUCAUACUUCGAAAAAGUUUGGACUAUACUGAAAAAGAAAACUAUCAGCUACGACUCAUUGCGGAUGAUGGUCGUCAUAAUUCUACAGCACAAGUUUCUUUGACAGUUCAAGAUGUACAAAAUCGUCCACCUGUUUUCGUUGGGUCUUUAACAGGAAUCGUGGAUGAAGAUGCUCCAGUGGGAACACUUGUAAUGACUAUAAAAGCGAAUGACGGUGACGAAGGAGAUUCAAGGAACAUUACAUACGACUUGGUGACAAAUCCUGAGGAAUUCUUUACCAUUCAUCCAAUCAGUGGCGAGUUGAGAACAGCGCGCCUAUUGGACAAAGAAAUUUUUCCGUCAUCCAAUGGCGUGAUAAACGUUGGCAUAAAAGCGACUGAAGUGAUGUCCAACGGUGCUCUGGCUGUAGGACCAGAAGCAUCAACGGUGGCGGCGUUGACGAUUACCAUCCGAGAUGUGAACGAUCAGCCUCCCACAUUCAACAAGAUCAGUUAUACAGUGAACGUGAAUGAGAACGUGGCAAACGGGACACCAUUUCCAAAUUUGGAUAUGUUUGUUCAAGACACAGACAGCGGUUCAAACUCCGUAUUUAAUAUUGAACUGCUGGAUGAUUCCGGUAUAUUUAGCGUUGAACCGAGCUUGGCGACAGGAUCUACUUCCGUCAGCAUUCGAGUAGCAAAUGGUCCCCUUGAUUACGAAAAUCCAAAUCAGAGGAAAUUCAUUUUGUUGGUUGUUGCAAAAGAAGCUUUUACCAAUCCUCAGCUUUCUGGUACUGGCACCGUCACUGUCAACAUUUUAGACACUAAUGACAAUGUUCCCCGGUUUGAAAGAACUGAAUAUAAAGCGAGUGUCAUUGAAAAUGCUCACGCUGGAACUGUAGUCGAUACAAUCACAGCAACUGACAGAGACACGGGGAAAUUCGGAGAAGCUGGAAUACACUAUUCAAUCUUUGGAAAUGGUGCUGAAAAAUUCCAUGUGGGCGAAACAUCCGGCGUUAUAACCGUUGCUCCAUGUCUAACCCCUGGAUCUGGGAACUGUCUAGACUUCGAAACGAGGCCAACUUACUACCUAUCCUAUCAAGCCGUGGAUGAACUGGGCAAGGGUUUGGCCACCGUGGUGCCGUUGACUUUAUCUUUGUCGGACGCAAACGACAAUGCACCAGCCUUCCUCCACGAAUCGUACUCGGCAACUAUCGACGAAGGUGCUUUGAAAUUUGAUACGCCCCUUCGAGUACAGGCUGUUGAUGCAGAUGCUACUUCUGUCGUCCAAUAUUCCAUAAUUGCCGGAAACAGUCAUAACAUAUUUGCUAUCGACGGAAGAUCGGGAGAAAUAUCUGUCACUCAAAGAAACGGAUUGGACGUAUCGGCGUUGAAAACAGAUCAAAUACUUUUGACUGUGCAAGCUAGUGAUGGCGGCAAUGGAGUAGUCACAACUACAGUCAAGAUUACUGUUAAGGAUGCAAAUAAUAAUAAACCAGAGUUUCAGAAAUCAAUGUAUGCUGCAACUGUUCCUGAAUCUUCUCUACCAGGAACUGUAGUGGAACAAGUAUUUGCGACAGACGCGGACACAGGAGCCAAUGCGGAAAUUUCUUACCGGAUCCAAAAAGGAGGCUUUGACGAUUUUUACAUUAAUCCUAAGUCGGGAGAAAUCACAGUGAAAAGUGGAACCAAGUUAGAUUAUGAUCGGAGGAGAGAAUACAAUAUUGAGAUAAUUGCCGUUGAUGGUGGUAGCCCAACCCAUACAGGAACUGCGACUUUAGUAGUAAAUAUUUUAAACAGCAAUGACAAAGCACCUUAUUUCACACCGUCCACACAACGAACUCAAGUAACCGAAGACGAGAAUGUUGGGCACAUAUUUUACACUCUGAAAGCUGCCGACCCGGAUAUCACCAUUCCAGACUCAUUGGUUUAUGCCAUAUCGGAGCCAAUGACAGCUACUGACAAGGAUGGACGUCAGCUGCCUGUGCAGGUGUCGGGAUUCAAGUCUUUCUUCGAUGUAAUUCCUGAAACUGGUGAAAUGAGAGUUGCAACUCGGCUGGAUAGAGAAAUGGCUGCAAUCGUCUCACUUACUGUCGUCGUUACGGAUGUCAGCGCUUCACCGCCUCAAACGGGCACAGGUACCCUUGUCGUGACAAUCAUCGAUUUGAAUGACUACCCUCCUGCCUUUCCUCGUCCUUGGACACCUGAAACGCCAGAAGUACACAUUAACGCUAUGGAAGAACAGCCAAGAGGGAGUGUCGUAGCCACACUCAUUGCUACUGAUGCAGACUCCAAUAUUGCACAGUACUUGAUUGAACCAGAAAACGAAUACUUCCACAUAGAUAACAUCUCAGGUGUAAUUAGUGUAAAGAAUCGUGUUGACUACGAGAGCAUUCAGGAGGUUCUAUUUAAAGUUGUCGCUUAUGAUACUGGAAUUCCUCAAAUGUCUGCAACUGCAUUGGUAACGGCAAAAAUUAUUAACAUUAAUGACAACGAUCCUAUGUUCGACAAAACAUCCUAUCAUGCUACGGUGCCUGAAAAUUCGCCACAAGGGACGAGCGUAGUGGAAGUGCAAGCUGUUGAUGCAGAUGCUGGAGAUUAUGGAAUCAUUAGAUAUUCCUUACUUGGUGAAAGAAGUCUGGAUUUCACUAUCGACCAAAAGGGUAUCAUUAGAGUAGCUGCUGCUGCUAAUUUGGACCGUGAAACAACACCAUCAAUCACCUUGCAAGUUGUAGCUACGGAUCAAGGACAAGAUGUUGAUACUAGAAGAGCGAUUUCUGUACCGCUCUACAUUACUUUAGAAGACAGGAACGACAAUCCUCCUUUGUUCAGCCAACGAGAAUACGUGGCUUCUGUGGUAUCGAACCUUCCAGUGUCUCCGCCAUCUUCUGUCAUACAGCUUUCAGCAGAUGACAAAGACGAGGGAAGCAAUGCAAAGAUUGUUUACAACAUCAUCGGAGGAAAUGAGAAAGAAGUCUUUGGCAUUAACGAAGAAUCAGGUGUGAUCUAUCCUACAAGAGAACUACCAGAAAAUAUUAAAAGCUUUAAACUGAAAGUAAGAGCUAUGAAUCCUGGAGAUGAAUCAAACGUUGAUGAAGCUAUUAUACACGUGAAAAUCGUAGAAAUCAACCAAGAAAAACCAAAAUUUAUUAUUCCUGCAACCCAAAAUGCUACUGUAGAGAUACCAGAGAAUCAAAGCGUUCCUGAUUUUUUGGUCCUCAUUGUAUCCGCCGAAGAUAAAGACCGUGGUGAAAAUGGUAGGGUUUCCUAUUUCUUGAAAGUAGGAGACGCAAACGUCGAAGAAACAGAACAUUUCAAAAUUAAUACGGUAACCGGAGAGAUUCGAACGAAAUCGAUCUUGGAUAGAGAGGAGAAUUCACGAUACCAGCUAGUCUUAGCUGCCAGAGAUAAUGGUUCUCCAAUAGCAUUUGAAACUCUUCGAUUCCUGACUGUAAUUUUAUUGGACAUUGAUGAUAAUAAUCCAGAAUUUCCAAGAAUUCAGACGACAAAUCCGUACGUCUUCACCCUAGAAGAAAAUCUACCACCGAAUUUCCCUGUUGGUCAAGUUCGAGCUCAAGACAGAGACAUUGGAGAAAAUGCCCUAGUAUACUACUACAUCGUCGAUGGAAAUUUUGGUGGUUAUUUUCAAGUAGAGAAAACUACUGGCGUUCUGAAAUCGAACGCUUCCUUCGAUAGAGAGGAAAAGGAUUUAUUUGAAAUCGUUGUGAAGGCCACCAGUAACCCAGAUUACAUAGUAUAUGAGAGAGAAGAGGAGCAAGGUUUUUCUGCUGCGUCAAGAAGUUACAGAGAGGAAGACUUGUCGCUCGCUUUGGUUCGCAUAACUAUAGCUGAUGUCAACGACAAUGCUCCGAAAUUCCUGAGUGAUCCCUAUUUAGCUGGAAUCCGUACAUCAAUGCAGGUUGGAGAUCUUGUAGCUACAGUGUCGGCAACGGAUGCAGAUGUCGGGGACAACGGAAAAUUCGAAUAUCGUUUGGAUACGAUUCGUCUCUUCCGUCCUGGAGUAACAGGCAGCGUCCGGCCUGUUCCAUCACCCUUUAAUAUUUCCUCAGACGGCCAUAUUACGGCUUCUCAACUCAUGGCCCAAUACGAUCAUGCCCGUUUUGAACUCAAGGUGGCAGCCAAAGAAGUUGCCUCUCCGUUCAGAGUGGCGAAAACUACUGUCAAGGUAUGGAUUUAUGAACAAAAUCAACUCGUUAGGGUCAUUGUACCACAACCACCAGAAGAAAUACAUCAGAAAAAGGAUUUAAUCCACAAGAUACUUUCAAAUGCUACCAGAGGAGUUGUCGUUAUCGAUGAUAUAAGAUAUCACGUGAAUGAAAAGAAAAAGUUAGUUAGGAAGUGGACUGAUCUUUAUAUUCACGUUGUAAAUAAUCAAGAUGAAAUGAUGCUGAUCCCUCAAGUUUUGGAAGCUGUUGAUUCAAAUUCAAAAGUAUUGAGUGAUCGCUCAGAAUUUAGAGUUCACAAAAUAGUGCCAGCUUAUGUGAAUCUUUUGGACGAAGAAUUUGAUCUGGCAAUGGCUGCACUCAUCACUUUGCUUGUGAUAAUUUUCGUGGGCAUUAUUACAAUGAUCGUCUGCUGUCUCUGUUUAAAAAAAUGGUAUUCGGUAAAGAUUCAUGAAACAUUAACUAAGAAAAAUGUGUUAAUUCCUCGAGAUGAGACGGACAAUUGCAAUACAACGGAAAAUCCUCUCUGGACUGAACAGAAACUCAAGCUUUAUGAAGAGCAGGAACUGAGUAUGAGUGUUGUACCAGAUCAUGCCGCAGAACAUCAACGGCAGCAGGUCACCGCUGCUGAAGUAGAGACAGACGCUGUGUACGCAACCCUGAGGAAAAGCACUCGUUUGGCCACAUUCCACAAUCAACCAACAAACGAAUAUGCGACGCUGGACGGCUGCUCAACAGGUCAAACCCUGGACAUUCAACUUGAUAAUCACGAGUACCAUGAACUGAAUUCCCGUUCUCCUUCUGGAUACACCCUCACUAGUCCUACUUCGAGUUCUCCUGUUGAAGAAGAUACACAACGAUCUACACUAACCAUAGACAAGGAUGGGGAACCUGUUCUAAUUACUCAUCUUGAAUAACUGUUUUCGAAGGAUUUUAGAAUGAACAUUUUGAAUUCUGUUACGUCUGAUGCAUUCAUACGAAAGAUCCAUGAUUUGAGGCUGGUCCAAAAUCACAUCUUUCAAUGAAUGUUAGAACUUGAACUAGCGAUUUUCAAACCUGAAGAGAGCAUAAGACUUGAUAACAAACUGAAAGUAGUCAUAUCUUUGUGAAGAUCUAAACGAACUAAUAAUGUGAAAAAAAGAAUUUGUGAAAGGAUUGCAGAAAUGCAGAAAGCAGUUUCAAAAAGUUUUGGACAAACAAAAGUAUUUUCCAAACAUACACAUAAAAAAGGUGCAAAGGCAGACGAUUUUUAAAAGAUUGUCAUUUGUUGUUUAAAAAACCCACAACCAAUUUUAUUUGAAAUAACUUCGCUAAAAAAUUAUCGAAAAUGCUGUAGAACUAGGUAUAGGGAAUUGUUUCUCUUAAAAUUGCAGGAAAAAAGUCUUCAUUUUUAUCAUUUAUAUGUUUUUCUUCUUGUGUUUACGAGUAUUGAUAUUUUAUUACUUCAUCAUUGUACUUUGCUUCUAAAAACAGCUAAAAUAUAACUUUGAAACAUUACAUAUAUAUGGAAUUUCAUUUUCAUAUUUGACUAUUAUUUGCUUUUUAAAAUAAUUAACCAAAGCAUCACAAAUUGGAUAAAAUUACAUUGAGACAUGUAACCAGUCAAACAAAAAAGAAAAUAAUUUGACAUGCCUGGUCAUAAUUUAGUUAAAUUAAAUAUUUAUGAAAGCAUUAUUAGGUACAAAAUAAAAUUGCAAAAUUUGAAUAAAUAUGCCUUUGAUAUUAGAGACAAAUCACGUUAAACAAUUUUCUUUCCGUACAGUACAGUUAAUUAGAAUCUUGGACUAGAUUCUUAACACUGGUCAAGCUCUAUAUAACGUCUUUGAUGAAAGAACCAUCCACAUUUGCUGAUAUUUGUUACCGUAUUAA